GUUGUAAUUUUUUUUUCUACAUUACAUAUAUGGAAUUAUAAUAUAAGAAACACUUAUUAUACGCUAGUGAGUACGUCACUUAGAUACAUAUAAAGAAAACAUAUAAAAUUACUAAGCCGCUAAAAAAGUCUCUGCUGCUACUUGUAAUGAUUAAAAGAGGGGCGGUGAGCCCGGGACUUUUGUUUCUUUAUAUACAUAUUAUAUUAUUAUGGAACCAAAUGCUUCAAACCCUUCAAUGGGGAAGGAAACUCAUGUUGUUGAUGAUGGUUCUCUUAAUUUGAAAAUAAAGGAACUUCGAAUAAAGGCGGAAGAAGCUAAACAGCAAGAGUUGAAUGAGUUACGUGAUAAACACGAGUCUGCAUUGAGACAAUUGUUUUAUUUGCUAAGUAAACCGGAUAGUACAGAAACAUACACAGAAUUAAUCGAAGAUAUCUCGAAAGUCGAUCAGAUUCUAUUAAAGAAUUAUUUACAAAGUAAUAAAUUAGAAAAAAAUUGGGAGGUUGAUAAAAGUUCGACAAAACCUGAUAACAUAACAACUCAAAGUAUCACAACUUUAAGUAUUGCUGAACAAUCUCAAACUUCACAACAAAUAAAUAUUCAGUUUCCUAUACAAAGUGACCAAACUAUACAAACAAAGAAAAAGAGAGUCUCAAUACCAACAGAAAGAAUGGUAACUAGAGCUGUAAGCGGUGCAAUAAACCCAAAGACCGUGGAUGAAAUAUUAAAGGAAGCGGAGCGUGGAAGCGGUCUUUCAUCAUCCUUGACUUCUCCUACUUCAGCCACAACACCUAGGAUACCAGUAAGAUUAAAUAUACCGCAAAGGAAGCAAUCACUACAAAGAACAAAUAAUAUUUUACUCUCAGAAGGAAGACAUCUUUCAUCAUCUUCUACGGGAAGAAUUGAUACGAAUCUAUCUCGAUCUUUUGAUAGGGAGACGAUUAUAAUAAAUUUCAACAAUAAUCCAGUAUAUAAAUCGCUACAGCCCCCAAAGAAAGCUAUUACAACUUCGGAAUGGAGGGUCGCAAUUGAAGAAGUUAAAUAUGCUCGAGUAAUUGAACGCAUCGAGGAAUUAAAACGACAAGGAUUUUGGAGUCGUAAACAAAUCGAGCCAUUCAGAGAUCCUCCGAGAUACAAGACACACUGGGAUUAUUUACUUGAAGAGAUGAUUUGGAUGCGGACUGAUUUCAGGGAGGAAAGAAAACAGAAAAUAAAAGCUGCGUAUAUAUUAGCAUUAGCGGUUCAAGAUUGGCAUAUGACCGAAGACAAAUCAAUCGUAUGCGUGAAGAGACGAAUACCUGAAAAACGUCCGUUAUUUUCAUCUCCAACUUAUACUCAUGAUGAAAAUAAUAAAUCAGAUUCUACUACAAUGGAUAAUGAUGAAAUGAAAGGCAAGACAGAAGAAUAUAAUACAAAUGGGCAUUUAUCACAGGAUAACAAAUGGACAUUACAUACAGAUGAUGUAAUGAUAGAUGUAGAGUCUGUUGAUGAUGAUUCAUCACGAAUUGAUAUCAAUCAAGAAAAUAUAAAGGACAAUGAUUCAAUAAAGAUGCCACCCCCAAUAGCACCUCAUGUUUUACAAAGUUUACGGCAAAAAGUUUUUAAUUUACCGGAAGAUGCACUUAUAUGUCGACUAGAAGGAUCUGAUCAACAAGUGUAUGAAGUGGAUUCAAUAUUUCCGGAUUUACCUGUGUAUAAACCACCUGAACCUUCAGAAAAUGAUAUCUAUUUCGAUGAAAUUCAUUGUUAUAAAAUUAUGCCAAUAUCAAAAUGCUUGUGGCGAAAACCUCCGAAAGAAAAUCCCAAUAAGAGACGCUAUGAGAGUGAAGAUCAACCACGUACCAAGAAAAUUAAAUUAGAAAGUGAAGAAGAAUCAAAUGAAAAUCAAUACGAGGAAUCGACUCUGUUUACAUCUCAUGCAACUUCCGAACAACAAAUUCAAAUUCGCGUAACUGCACCUAAAAAAGACCAAGAUUCAACCGCGAUCUGGUAUCCUGAAGAUGAUGAAUUGUUGAUGUCUUUAACAAAAAAAUACCAGUAUAAUUGGGAUUUGAUAGCUGACGCGUGGAAUUCGUCGAGAGGUUUGAUUACUGGUUACGAAAGAUCUCCCUGGGAAUGUUAUGUGCGAUGGACUCAAAAAGACGAUAUGUCCCAAUUUAUUAUAAACCAUUAUAAUGAAAAUGUGAAUGAUGCUUCAACGGUUGAGAUAUUAACGGAUAAUGCUAACGAUGCAGCAGCUUUAUCGUUAAAUAUGAGACCUAAACGAGAGAUGCCGAAAAAUAUUCAAAAGCGUGACAUUACCAAACCUCGUAGAAACUCUAGUUUAGCUGAAGCCAUGAAAAAGGCAGCAAAGAAACGAGCUGAUUCAAAUCAAAAACAAUUGCAAAACAGGAGAAGCCACGAUCAGCCAACUCCCAUUAUGCAUCAUGUAAUGACACCAAUUGAACUUAGUAAAAUGAAAUCCGAUCAGGAGCGUCAACUUCAAACAGCCCUAUUAGAACAACGUCAAGCCGCAGUCCUGGCUUUUCAAGGCCAUAGGCAACAGCCGAUGGUCAUGAGACCUCAGGCUAACCCAGCAAUGACCUAUAUUGCCGCUCAGACGAGACCUCCAACAGGAAUGGCUACAAACCAACAAUUACAAGCUUUCGUACAACAACAACGUGCAGCAGCAGCGAUCGCUGUUCAACAUCGUCAUCACCCACAACAGAUAACUCAAUCCAUGGCUCAUGCAGCACAACAUGCUCAGUUUUAUAAUCCACAUUUCAGAAAUCAAGCACAUGCGCAACGAAACCAAGCAAUAUUACAAGGAGCUCACGCGUCAGUCAUACCAAAUCCAAUUGUCCAACAGCAAAUUGUUCAACAACAAGCUGCUGUUAGACAACAAGCGCAAAUACCUCAACAAGCUGCCCAACAAACACAAAAUAUUCAACAAACACAAGAAAAUGUAGUACCACAAUCUCAACAACAACCAAAUUAAAUUAUCUUCAAUGAGUGACAAUUAUAUCUUACUAAACAAACUUAUUUGAUUCCAUCAUUUAAGCAUACUUAAAUUAUCCAUAAUAAUAUAUACUUUAUUUUCUCUUUAGUAUGAUAUUUACGAUCAUAUGAUGAUAAUUUUCUAGUAUUAAACAUAUGUACAUAAUAAAAUUUU